AUGGGCCCGCAGCUCUGGCAAGGUACGAACCUUAGCCACACAAUGGUCAAUAUGGCUAGGCUUCAGGGCGGGAGAUUCUUCUUAUCUGCUAUCAGCUUAUUAUGCAAUGCAAUGUUGAAGGCAUCUAACACAACCACAGCUCAGUAUCUCCAAGGCCUUUCGCUGUGCCUUGUGGUAGACUUUACUGCAAGCGCACCUCGAACAGACUGCAACACACUUCACUUUGUCCAGGGAUUGGAGAUCUUGACGAGCAGGAUGAAGCAAUCAGCCUACUUUGACAGCAAGAUACUGGAGGAGUGUUUAGAGGCAGCAGACAGGUACCUAUCAUCUCCCAUAGUAUACAUAGAUCCCAAAAGCGACUGUUUUAAGCAAUUGAUCCGUUAUUUUCUCAUAGAAUUGCAAGACGCUCACCUGCACGCACCGCAACGAACCGCGCUUCUGGUUGAUAAGCUUCUAGCUUGCUAUCUAGAUAUGCAGCCACCCUCAGAUAAGCUCUCCGGCACAGUCUCGGGGGAUCAAUCAAAAGCAUGGAUUUUGAUGCUUCUUUCAGCUUCAAAACUCUUCCUCAGGUACAGGAUUGUUAGUGGUGAUAGAUUGUUGUACAUUGGGGAGCUACUGGCCGCCAUUCAACCAUCCUUGUGCUGCUCUAGCCUAGCAAGAAGUAUGGCCAGGUUUAUCACGGCAAUACCCGUUAAAAGCAGCUUACUUUGCUCCAGAAGACGAAAGAAGCUAAUCAAGAUAUUGCGAAGGGCAAUUCAUUCGGCAAUGGCCUCGUGUAAGAGUGAGGCACUUAAGUUGGAUCUUUCCCUUUGCAGCUUUCCAGCGUCUGGUCAGCUCCCCUUUACACAGCCAUGCUAUGCUGUAUCUCACUUUCAAGAGUCCUUUAAUAGAUUUAGAUACACACCAACUGUAGUUUCUGCAAUCACACGUGCCGAUUCAAAUAAACUACUUCUGCCGUCCUUCGCUAGAGCCGCCGGGGAGCCACCCACUAGCACGGUUUACUGCGAAAACAUACCGCACUUCAUGACAAAGGAGGAGUUCUAUGAUAGAUUUACUAAACACUUUCUAGUAGAUUCACCGCUGUCUAUUACCGCCUUUGGUUAUGCAAUGUCUAACACACAGACAUACACUGCUUCGUUGAAACUAUGCAUAGACGUAAAGAGCAUGGAUACCAGUGCAGAGUUGGCAGGCUUCGAUAGUGCAGUUAACAUAUUAGUGGAAGCCCCAGAACUCGUAGUGUGGGGGCACGCUAUAAGGGUGACGAUAGCCCCGAGUCAAGUUAACUAA